GGCGCAGGACCCAGGCGUCCGACCCCGGGCUCCGCUGGGGUCCCCGCCCCCGGGCCCCCGCCCCACCCCCGCCCACCUCGGCCCACGCGACCCUCUCGGCCACCCCCGCGCGGAAAGGGGCCAGUCCCCGACGGCUACGGGAAGGUACCAGCCCUCCCCGGAUGGGCAUCGUGGAGCCGGGCUGCGGAGACAUGCUGACGGGCACCGAGCCGAUGCCGGCGAGCGACGAGGGCCGGGCGCCUGGCGCCGACCCGCAGAACCGCUACUUCUACUCGGAGCCCUGCUCGCAGGACGCGGCCGACCGUCGCGGGGGCGCCGGCCUGGGGGCGCCCUACGCCGGGGGCGCCUUGGUGCCCGCCCCGCCGGGCCGCUUCCUCGGAGCCUACGCCUACCCGCCCCGGCCUCAGGCCGCCGUCUUUCCUGGCGCGGCCGAGCCCUUCCCGCCGACGGCGGGCGCCGAGGGCUACCAGCAGGGGGACGGCUACGCGGCCCCGGACCCGCGUCCCGGCCUCUACCCCGGGCCGCGCGAGGACUAUGCGCUGCCCGCGGGGCUGGAGGUGUCCGGGAAGCUGAGAGUGGCGCUCAACAACCACCUGUUGUGGUCCAAGUUUAAUCAGCACCAGACGGAGAUGAUCAUCACCAAGCAGGGGCGGCGAAUGUUCCCAUUCCUGUCAUUUACUGUGGCCGGGCUGGAGCCCACCAGCCAUUACCGGAUGUUUGUGGACAUGGUCUUGGUGGACCAGCACCACUGGCGAUAUCAGAGCGGCAAGUGGGUGCAGUGUGGAAAGGCCGAGGGCAACAUGCCAGGAAACCACCAGUACGUGCACCCAGAUUCGCCCAACACUGGAGCCCACUGGAUGCGCCAGGAAGUUUCAUUCGGGAAACUAAAACUCACAAACAACAAGGGGGCCUCCAACAAUGUGACCCAGAUGAUCGUGCUCCAGUCCCUCCAUAAGUACCAGCCCCGGCUGCACAUUGUGGAGAUUAAUGAUGGAGAGCCAGAGCCGGCCUGCAUUACCUCCAAAACGCAUGUCUUUACUUUCCAAGAAACCCAGUUUAUUGCUGUGACUGCCUACCAGAAUGCCGAGAUUACUCAGCUGAAAAUUGAUAAUAACCCUUUUGCCAAAGGAUUCCGGGAGAACUUUGAGUCCAUGUAUGCAUCUGUUGACACCAGCGUCCCCUCCCCGCCUGGAUCCAACUGUCAAUUGCUUGGGGGAGACCACUACUCUCCUCUCCUACCCAACCAGUAUCCUGUUCCCAGCCGUUUCUACUCCGACCUUCCUGGCCAGGCCAAGGAUGUGGUUCCCCAGCCUUACUGGUUGGGGGCUCCCCGGGACCACAGCUAUGAGGCCGAGUUUCGAGCAGUCAGCAUGAAACCUACAUUCCUGCCCUCUGCCCCCGGGCCCACCAUGUCCUACUACCGAGGCCAAGAAGUCCUGGCACCUGGAGCUGGCUGGCCUGUGGCCCCCCAGUACCCUCCCAAGAUGGGCCCAGCCAGCUGGUUUCACCCCAUGCGGACUCUACCCAUGGAACAUGGUCCUGGCGCUUCAGAGGGGCGGGGGCCAGAGGACCAGGGCCUCCCCUUGUUGUGGACUGAGAUCACCUCCAUCCGGCCAGAGUCCAGUGACUCAGGGCUGGGCGAAGGAGACUCUAAGAGGAGGCGUGUGUCCCCCUAUCCUUCCAGCGGCGACAGCUCCUCCCCUGCUGGGGCCCCUUCUCCUUUUAAUAAGGAAACUGAAGGCCAGUUUUAUAACUAUUUUCCCAAUUGAGCAGAUGAUGUGAAAAGGACAGAAACGUUGUUAUUAGGUUGCAGGACACCAACUAACUUGGCAACAGACUCAGGACCGAGCGGCCCCCGCAUCCUCUGUCUCUUCUCCUUUCGUAGUUGGUUGAGGAAGAGGGGGGCCAAGAAGGAUUCUGGAGUUCACUUGCUGCUUCCUGGCCCACAAGGAAAGCUGAGAGGUGCGUCCCUCUCUUUCCUUCGCCCUGACUACAGUCAUUUACCUGGUGCUGCUUCUGGCUGUGGGUUCCCAGCUGGAGAACAGAGAACAGAGAACAGAGGACAGGAGGUCUUGGACACGAACCAGCUUCCUCUCUUCUGGGGCAGUUGAGGGGCGGGGGUCAGGGGGCAAAGGCCUAGAACUGGAAACUCUCUUCCUUUAUAGAGUAACUUUGAGCAUUUUUGUUUGUGUCUGUGUUAAUCCCUGAUCUGAAAAUAAAGAUACAUGGAUUUUCUACCAGCCAGCCAGCCAGGGUCAGGCAGAGGACUCCAGGGACUUUGGGCAGCUGGCCUGGGCCCCACCCGCUCAGAGACAGUGGGGUCCUGAGGAAGGGGCUGGGAAGGGGUAUGCUGCCCAUCUUGAGAAGUAAAGUCUUGG